UCCGCUGGCAACAUGCUGAGCUUACUGGUCUUUGCCACCCUGGUCCUUUAUGGACACAGCACCCAGGAUUUUCCGGAAACCAACGCCCGGGUAGUUGGAGGAAUUGAGGCCCGGAGGAAUUCCUGGCCUUCUCAGAUUUCCCUCCAGUACCGAUCCGGAAGUAACUGGUAUCACACCUGUGGAGGUACCCUCAUCAGACAGAACUGGGUGAUGACAGCUGCUCACUGUGUAGACAGCUCAAUGACAUUCCGUGUGGUGGUUGGAGACCACAAUCUGAGCCAGAACGACGGUACUGAGCAGUACGUGAGUGUGCAGAGGAUCGUGGUGCAUCCAUACUGGAACAGCAACAAUGUGGCUGCCGGCUACGACAUCGCCCUGCUGCGCCUGGCCCAGAGCGUUACCCUCAACAACUAUGUCCAAUUGGCUGUACUGCCCCGCGAGGGAACCAUCCUGGCUAACAACAGUCCCUGCUACAUCACAGGCUGGGGCAGGACCAGAACCAAUGGGCAGCUGGCCCAGACCCUGCAGCAGGCUUACCUGCCCACUGUGGACUACGCCACCUGCUCCAGCACCUCCUACUGGGGCUCCACUGUGAAGAACACCAUGGUGUGCGCUGGAGGAGAUGGAGUUCGCUCUGGAUGCCAGGGUGAUUCUGGUGGCCCCCUCAACUGCUUAGUGAAUGGCCAGUAUGCUGUCCAUGGAGUGACCAGCUUUGUGUCCAGCCAGGGCUGUAACGUCUCCAGGAAGCCUACAGUCUUCACCCGGGUCUCUGCUUACAUCUCUUGGAUGAAUAAUGUCAUCGCCAGCAACUGAACUCUUCCUGAGUACAACAGCCAUCCUCAGAUGAUUCUUCAAUUCACAGCAGGACUUGAGACCAUCACGAAAAAAACAUUCUAGAAGACUAUUGAGCCAGAUACAGAAAACCAAAUAA